GGCGUUACUGGCAGGUGGCAGAUGGACCUUCCUCCUCACUCACCAUUGGAACAGACAAUGUUGCGCUGGGCUCCUACAACAUGGAAGUUGUCAUCUACCAUUGCAGAGGAAGAGACAGGUUCAUCCCUCUUGGCUAUGCAUCUACAGUCUUCAGCAUCACAGACCAGGUCCCUUUCAGCUUGUCGCUCGCUCAAGUCAAUGACGUGAAUCAAAACGACCAGAACUUCAUCCAGAACCAAGCCAUUGCGUUCACAGCCACACUCCACGACCCCAGCCAGUACCUGAGCAACGCAGACAUCAGUUUCACCUGGGACUUUGGCGACAACAGUGGAACUCUGAUCUCCAGAGAGCGCACAGUCACACACACAUACCUCUCAGUAGGAACCUUCAAACCUCAGGUCAUCCUGAUGGCAACCAUCCCCAACACCUGUGGAAACCCAACUGCUGUUGCUCCUGUUGAUGCGUCUGCUGCCCCUGCUGUGGUGGUCAUGGCCUCCACCGCUGCUGCUGUUCCAGCUGCACCGGCUGAGGGAGGGGACGCCAUCGCACUGGACGUUCCUUCCUCCGAUGCCACUCCACUCGCUGCCUCUGCGCAGCCCGCUGACGCAGCUGCAAACGCAGACGAUGAACAAGCAGCUGCUGAAACCGAUACUGCCACUGCAGCGGCUGCUGAAGCAGAAGCUGCAGCUGCCGAAGCGGAGACAGAUGGUGUGGAAGUUAAUGCAGAUGAGGCAGAUGCUGCAGCUGUGGAUGUCGCUGCCGAGGAAGGAGAUGCAGCAGCUACGGUGGUAGCCACUGUUGCUCCUGUCGCACCAGCCGCAGAAGAAGCGGUAAAUGAGGAAACAGCCGUUGAAGAUAAUACUGUGGUGGCAGCUGCUUCAGCAGCACCUGCCGCAGAAGGAGAAACUGAAGUGGAAGCUGCCACAGUUGCUGCGGUUGCAGACACAGCUGCAGUACAAGAAGCUGAUGUAACGGCUGCGGCUGCUGAAGAAACGGCUGCUGAAGCAACGGCUGCGGCUGCUGAAGAAACGGCUGCGGCUGCUGAAGCAACGGCUGCUGCUGUUGACGAAACAGCGGCUGCUGCUGAUGCCACAGAGGCUGUCCAGGCUGAAACUGAAGCCCCCGUUGACAAUGUUGUGGCUCUCGCUGCCACAGAGGCCACGGUGGUUGAAGAGGCAGAAGCAGCUGAUGCCGAAGCUGAAGUGGUGGAAACUGUUAACGCGGUUGCAGCCACUGCAGCAGCUGCAGAAGCUGAGGUUGUUCCAGCCGAGGGUGAAGUUCAGGCGGAAGUGGAAGCAGAUCCGGCACAAGUUGCCCUCGUUUUGGUCAAAAGACAAGCCCCUGAGCUGGCAGCUGACUGCACAGUCUACCGUUAUGGAUCUCUGGCUACAUCUGUUGAUGUUGCCCAGGGGAUUGAAAGUGUGGAGAUCGUUCAGGUGUCCAGUGUUGUGUCCAUGGCCACCGCUUUGGAUCAGAAUGCUGUGGAUGUCACCAUUAGCUGUCAGGGAAGUCUGCCAAGUGAAGUCUGCACUGUAGUUUCGGAUGCUGACUGUAUCACACCCGUACAAACCAUCUGCAAUGCCGCCUCGCCCUCCCCUGACUGCCAGCUCAUCCUUCGUCAGUUCUUCAACGACACCGGAGUGUUCUGCCUCAAUGUCUCACUCACCAAUGACGUCAGUCUUGCCAUGACAAGUGCCAGAGUUAAUGUUGCAGUUGCCUCCGGUGGUUCUCCAGCUGGAACUGCAGCCACGGUUUUGGGGGUCAUGGUCCUCGCCUGUGUGGUUUGUUGCGUUGGCUUAAUGUACAGGCGCUUUAAGCAGUACCAGCCGCUGAGUGAAGGCCACGAAGCCGGCAGCAGUGGUAGUUUUGGAGUAACAUCAGUGCCUUUGCUGCUGUGGAACCUGCUGAGUCGGCAGUCACCGGGAGAAAGCCGCCCACUGCUUCAGGGAAGGAUUGUGUGAAAAUCCCCAACAUUUCAUCGACAGCAUCCACUAACACAUCUGCUUUCUUCACUUUGUCUGUAGUGAGACCACUCUCUGAGCCAUAACCCCGAACCAUAUAAGAUGAGUGAUCCCUUUUAUGUCAAAACCAGAAGUUAUUACUGAAUUAGAGAGAAAAAUAUUAUUUAUUUUGUGCUAUACUGAUUCUAGGGCAAUAACAUAUCUUCUUAUUUCGCUUCUACUAAACUCUUAGGAUAGACUUUUUUCACAUCAUUUUUUCACAUUUUGAUUAAAUUUGUUGCAGAGCAGUAUCCCUUUUGCUACACUGUAAAACUAAUAAAAUCGACUUUUCUCACCAUUUGUUUCUCAGUAGUCUUUUUGAUUAUUUUUCUCUUGUUUUUGGUCAAAUAAAUCACUUGCAUGAAGGACAUUUUCAACUGUUAUGGGCCAAGUGGGACACAGUGAGGCAGUGCAGCAGCAGGCAGAAGAGUUGCAUACAAAGACAUAAGUAAGAGAAAUUCAGAAAGAUUUCUGUUGUGCUAAAAAGAAAAACUUAAAGACUCCUUAGAUUCAUCAAGAUGCUCAACAAUUCUGUUUUUGACCUUCAAGGACACUAUAGAGUUGGCAUAAAUUCCAAAAGGGUGUACAUUUUUUCUUUUUCAUAAUAUUUAUAUGUUGUCUUUUUAAAGGUAAAAGUGGAUGUAGGUUAUGUUUCUUAACUGAAGUGUUGCUCAUAAGUUUUGUAAUUGUUUACACAAUUGAAUAGCAAAAACUUUUGUCACGAACAAGAAACUGGAUUUGCUACAAAGCUGCAUUUGUUGUUAAACAAAAUAUACCAGGGAUCUCAGUGCCAAUAUUUUAUCACUAGUAAUCUUCAAACUUAAAAAUAUUGGUUUAUAAAAAGAAAUAAAACAAAAAAAGCAGUUCCUUUAUCAAUAACGCAGAAGAGGUAGUUUAUCCAGCCUAUAACCAGGGAAGGACUUACCAUCAGGCAAAGAUAGGCAGUUGCCUGGGGCCCCUGACACUUAGAAAAUUUCUAACCUUCUUAAACAUAAAAAUAAAUAAAAAACGAAUUUCAUAACUCAUUUGAAUUUAAUUUAGUGAUAAAAAAA